CCUGAAAAAUACGUGUAAUCAAUGAUAUGUUUAUAAUAACGGUUUCUGUUAGGAGAUGUUUCAUUAACGUUUACGGAAGGAGUCUCCAGGGUCCGCGCUUUGUAACAGAGGUAAAGUCGGAGGUAAAGCCGUAACAUUACGCUUUGUUCAGGACAGGAGUUCACGCUUUGCGGGUUCUCGGUAUGAUGACAAGCUGCGGGUUUCCUCGCCUUAUUAAUUUCGAGAAAGAGAAACCAAGAGAUGCUGGUGAGAGAACGACUGUUUACGGCUGCAGGAGUGUAAGUAGGCAGAGGAACUAACUAACACUGUUUUGUGUAACUAUAAAACGGAUUUAAAAAAAAGUCAUUUUUCAAUAAAUCUAAAUGUUUUAAUUGUUGACAAAUUGCUGUGGUAUAAGAGGAACACAACACUUUGUAUACAACGUGCUGUUACAGGAAAAUAAUUAACUUCUGGGUGGUAACUGUAACUCUGAUACACCACAACAUGCUCAUGUUGAUUAGUUUCCUCUAACAGCAGGACAUAGAGGGGUUUAGUCCUUAUCAGGCAACCAUAUUAAAAUAAAUACAACAUCAAAAGGUACUAUAAAGAACAAAGAAUAUUUGUCCUAAAUAACAUAUAUAGCAUGUGUGUGUGUGCGCGUGUGUGAGGAUGCAGAUGAAGCUGAUGAAGGCAGUAUUGUUGAUGUGUGUGUGUCUGAGUGUGUUGCCUGCACAGUGUGUGUGUUUUUCACGCGGAGCUUCAACAGUUACCUGCAUGGACAUGAAGCCUGGACACAUCAGCACUCAACCUCAGCACACACACACAACAUCGGCAGUGACUGUACACACCAGCCGCACAGUCUAUCUACCACAGCACACACUCAUGGUGAGUGUGCGCAGCUCUCGAGCAUUUAUGGGUCUUCUGCUGCACGCACGCUCUGUAGCGGAGGACCGUGUGGUUGGAGGCGAGUUCACACUCCACCCUCCGGGAACACACACACUCUCCUGCCUGUCCACUGCAGACACGGUCACACACUCCGACAAGCUGUUGAAGAGGAACCUGUCGUUCACCUGGAGGGCUCCGGCUCGGCCCAGUGGGGACCUGAGAUUCUAUAUCACAGUGGUUCAUUCCUAUUUUGUCUACUGGACUCGGAUCCAUUCAGCCGUGGUGCAUGAUGGGACUCGUAAGCCUCCUACUGGACUUGAUGCUGGACUACAGGACUGGAUCAUCUCAGCAUCUCCGAUGAACUCCGCACUCACACAAACACACACUUCUGCACACACGCACUCGGAAUACUCAAGCUCCACACACACACUGACGACUAACUUCCACACACACACUGUUCUGCCCCAACGCACCAAACACUCUGAUAAACGAACAAGCACACACGGCCCUAGAAAUACCACACACACACAUCUAUACACAACAACUGCUUCACACACACCAACACACAGUCCUAUGGCAUCACACACACAACUAUACACAACAACUGCAUCACACACACCCACACACUCUCCCACUGCAACACACACUCCCACACACUCUCCAACUGCAACACACACUCCCACACACACUCCCACUGCAUCACACACACUCACACACGCUCCCAUUGCAUCACACACUCCCACACACACAUCCACACCCACUCCCACUGCAUCACACACUCCCACUGCAUCACACACAGCCACACACACUCCCACUGCAUCACACACAGCCACACACACUCACACUGCAUCACACACACCCACUGCAACACACACUCCCACUCCCACUGCAUCACACACUCCCACACACACUCCCACACACACUCCCACUGCAUCACACACAGCCACACACACUCACACUGCAUCACACACACCCACUGCAACACACACUCCCACUCCCACUGCAUCACACACUCCCACACACACUCCCACACACACUCCCACUGCAUCACACACAGCCACACACACUCGCACUGCAUCACACACACCCACUGCAACACACACUCCCACUCCCACUGCAUCACACACUCCCACACACACUCCCACACACACUCCCACUGCAUCACACACAGCCACACACACUCCCACUGCAUCACACACUCCCACACACACUCCCACUGCAUCACACACACCCACACACACUCCCACUGCAUCACACACAUCCACACACACUUCUACUGCAUCACACACACCCACACACACUCCCACUGCAUCACACACAUCCACACACACUUCUACUGCAUCACACACACCCACACACACUCCCACUGCAUCACACACACCCACACACACUCCCACUGCAUCACACACACCCACACACACUCCCACUGCAUCACACACAUCCACACACACUUAUACUGCAUCACACACACUCACACACACUCCCACUGCAUCACACACACCCACUCACACUCCCACAGAAAGACACACUCCCACUGGAUCACUCAUUACCACACACACCCCCACUGCAUCACACACACACCCACCCACUGCAUCACACACUCCCACUGCAUCACACACACUCACACACACUCACACUGCAUCACACUCCCCCGCUCCACCUUCAGCUUUACACGUAGAGCUGUCUGCUGCACUCCAGCGCUCUCUGUCUGAUCCAGUGGAGCCGUGGCCCAACCCUGACAAUCCUGUAGUGUUUGUGAAACCCCCCAAUCCCGAGCCACACCCUGAAAGCGGGAUCAAAACCGGAGGCGGAGUCAAGACCGAGGCAGGGGCGGGGCUUGUGUCUCAGCCGGUGCUUUUGCUGGUCCUGUCUCUGGCUCUGCUGGUGGCACUGGCCAUCUAUGUCCAGAGGAAACACUGCGUCCAGCACAGUGGUGUGUCUCUGAGUGUAGAGAGCGCAGGAGUGAGACGCGUACAGGAGUGCGAAGAGCUGGUCCAGCUGCGCAAGGUCAGAGAGAACAGCCUGCUGUGGCUGCAGGCCCAGUACGAUAUCAUUACAGCACCGGGAAACUAACACACACACACACACACACACACGGAUAUCCAGGGAACAAAACACGUGUCGUGGCUGUCAUACUGAAGUUGAUUAUUUUCCGACAACAGCACAUUCCCAAGUGUUUUAUUCCUCUUACACCACAGCAAUUUACCAAAAUGUUUCAUAAUUUAUUAUGACAUAAUAUACUUUUAUCCAUUUACAGUUCCAUGUCCUCACUUACAUUAUAGCAGCUAUAAACAGUCUUUCCCUCAAAAACCUCUUUUUUUCUCUCUCUUAAAGCUAAUAGUACAAAAAUAAAGCUGGUCAUGUUACAGAUAAAUUGCAAAGCUGUAAUAUGUCUAAUAGAUUA